AUGGCAUCUAGCACAGACACUCUCAAUAUUUAUACACUCUUCUCAAAGUGCAUUUCGACUUUUGAUGCACUUAUCAACGAAGCCAAACACCAAUCCAACAAACUCAAGCAGAGCUUCCCAUCAGAAGCAGCCAUCUCGGGCUCUCGUCAAGAUUUCUACCAAUGGGGUAAAAGCUACGGUGCUAAUCUCGAUCCAGCAUCGACUAUAUCUCUCAACUACAAGUUCCGUAAUAAGGAAUACACCAGAACUACGGUACAGUCACAUCUUGGGCACUUACUCGACGACCUCGAGGGCCUCCAGAAGUUAUAUACAGGGGAAACUAAACAGGGGGACGCAACGGUGAUAUUCGGUAGGGUCGAGAGCGUGGUAAGUGAGCUGAAACGGUUCAUGGGCCAUCUUCCAAAGGAGUUAUGGCUUGACUCGAAGAGAUGGGAACUAGUGGUAUGA